UCUACACCCAAGUUUGGCACGGUCCAUAUUAGUGAUUUGGAGCUUUAGACGACCCGUUAGUCUCUUGGUCGCCGUACCCGAUACGGAUUGUAAUUUUCUUACACAUUUCACUCCUACUCCUAUCUACGCGUUUAACCCCAAAACCCUACUACUGCUUCUCUCUCUCUCUCUCUCUCUCUCUCUCUCUCUCUCUCUAGUUAAUCGGAACAAUGGCAGAGCAACUAACGGAGGAACAAAUUGCUGAGUUCAAGGAAGCUUUCAGCCUCUUCGACAAAGAUGGAGAUGGGUGUAUUACGACUAAAGAGUUGGGAACAGUUAUGAGGUCAUUGGGCCAGAAUCCUACUGAAGCUGAACUGCAGGAUAUGAUCAAUGAAGUCGAUGCUGAUCAGAAUGGAACCAUUGAUUUCCCUGAGUUUCUCAAUCUCAUGGCCAGGAAAAUGAAGGACACUGAUUCUGAGGAGGAACUGAAAGAAGCUUUCAAGGUGUUUGACAAGGAUCAGAACGGAUACAUUUCUGCUGCUGAACUUCGGCAUGUGAUGACAAACCUGGGGGAGAAGCUGACGGAUGAAGAAGUGGAUGAGAUGAUAAGAGAAGCUGACAUGGAUGGUGAUGGUCAAGUAAACUAUGAGGAGUUUGUGAGGAUGAUGCUUGCUAAGUAGUAAUAAUAAUACUCAUUUGAAUACUUAUUCUGCUGUUAAUUAGAUUUAGACAGACUCACUCACUCUUGCAAUACCUACCAAAUGUUUCUCCUAAACCUCUCUCUUAUUUUAUUGGAAGAAUUAUUUCUCAACCCAAAAUAUGUUACUUUUUAUCUAUUUAUAUAUAAUAAUAUAUUAUUAGGUGCC